AUGACAGUUCAUCACAAAAACCUCGUUUCAUUUGUUGGUUUCUGUGAGGAAGACAUGAACAUGAUUGUCCUUUACGAGUACAUGCAGAAUGGAAGCUUGAGAGAAUUCUUAUCAGGUUUAGAGUAUUUACACUCAGGUUGCCGACCAGCCAUCAUUCAUAGAGACAUAAAGUCUGCAAACAUCCUUCUGAAUGAACAACUAGAAGCCAAACUAGCAGAUUUUGGCAUUUCUAGGGCUGAUGGGAAGACUCAAACAUCAACAGUUCAGAUUGCUGGCACCCUUGGAUACAUUGAUCCUGAGUAUUCUGAAACAAGCAUUCUCACCAAAAAGAGCGAUGUUUAUAGUUUUGGCGUUGUUCUUUUUGAGCUCAUGUGCGGUCGUACCUCUAUAUUUGGCACUUCAGAGCAGCACUUUCAUAUUGUUGAAUGGGCAACAUCAAAGAUUGUGAGGGGUGACAUAGAGAGCAUUGUUGAUCCAAGGAUUAAAGGACAACACAAAAGGAAUUCUAUGUGGAAGGUUGUAGACGUAGCAUUAGCAUGUACUGCGCGUAGGUCUACUGAACGGCCAAACAUGUCUAUUAUUCUCAAGGACUUGAACGAGGCAAUGGAGAUGGAGACUGGCUACCAGGUGUAG